AUGGCCGGAGCUCCCAAUCAGACGCUGUACGUCAACAACCUAAAUGACAAGAUCAAUGUCGAGACCUUGAAAAAGUCUCUGCGAGAGGUUUUUGCGGCUUUCGGCGGCAUCAUCGACAUUGUCGCGAUGAAGUCUCUCAAGCGCCGUGGGCAGGCUUGGAUCAUCUUCAAAGAGGUGCCGGCUGCGUCGAACUCCCUGAAGUCCCUGCAGGGCUUCCCCUUCUACAACAAACCGAUGCGCAUUGCAUACGCCAAGACGAAGUCUGACGUGGUUGCCAAGGCCGACGGCACCUACGUCGAACGUCCCAAGAAGAUCGUCAAGCGUGAGGACGUUCGGAAGAAGGCGACAACAACCCAUGCGCCUCCCGAGAUUAAGACGGUCUCGACCCCGGCGAGCGCGGCUCAAUCUGCUGCGUCGCAGAAGAGCAUCCAGGAGUCCCGGUGCCGAACUUCAUGGCAGGUUGCACGUGUCGGUUUGCACGCCCACGGUGCCCUGAGUCAGUAA